AUGGAAGCCAAUCUGUUUCAACUAGAUGAUAGCUCUACUGCUACCAGGGUGGCCGAAGUGGUCUCAUGUCACCCGGAUCCAUCACAAAUUAUUGACAAGCUAAACGAGAAUGCAAUUAAAUUUCAGCAAACAGGGAAUCAGUCUAGCUGUUUAACAAGCCCAAGGUACACAAGAAAUUUUUGCUUAGAAGCAAACAAAUUGAAGCUCAUUGAGUUCAAAACCAAAGUGAUGAAUUCUUCCAUAGUUGUUGCCUUUGAAUCCAUAGAGUUUGUAGCAUGUCAUGGAUCCAUUGAUUACCUCAACUAUCAAGAGACAUCGGCUCCAUCAAAGCCAUCUUCUUGUAUUGGAGCAACAGUUGCAGCUCCAACUAUUGUACCAUCAGGAUCUACACGUACUGUCACAUUUUCAUUAUCAUGGGAUUGCCCUGAGGUGACAUUUUCGAAAGGAAGAACGUACCAUUGGCGGUAUACGAAGUUUUAUGGCACUUCUGGUAACGCAGCGGCAGAUAUCGCACACGAUGCUAUAGUUGAUAAUCAGCGUUGGGAGUUUCAAAUUGAAGCAUGGCAGAGACUUAUACUUGAAGACAAGCGAUUUCCAGAAUGGUAUCCUGUUACUCUUUUUAAUGAGCUUUAUUACCUUAAUGCUGGGGGAACUGUGUGGACAGAUGGCUCUCCUCCACUGCAGACUACAGUGACUAUAAAGGAAAAAGAAUUUUCACUUGAGAAGUCUAACUCUGAUUUUGUAAACACUACCACCAAUAUCACUACACAAAAUGAUACGGCUGUCGAUAUCCUCGAGAAAGUGACUUUGAUACUUCAGCAAACGCAUAUAACAGCUAAUUCUAAUUCUGCUUUUGGUCCCAAUUUGAUUUUAGAAGGGGAGGAAAACAUUGGUCAAUUUCUUUACUAUGAAGGCAUUGAGUAUCACAUGCGGAACACAUAUGAUGUUCAUUUUUAUGCAUCGUUUUCUUUGGUAAUGCUAUUUCCAGAGCUUGAACUUAGCAUCCAGAGAGAUUUUGCUGCAGCAGUUCUACUGCAUGAUCCUAGUAAAAUGAAACUUCUACAUGACGGGAAAUGGGCAUCAGGGAAAGUUCUUGGUGCUGUUCCUCAUGAUAAUGGGCUUAAUGACCCAUGGUUUGAAGUGAAUGCUUACAGCCUCCAUAACACUGACCGAUGGAAAGAUUUAAACCCAAAAUUUGUUCUCCAGGUAUACAGGAAUGUCGUAGCCACAGGUGACAAGAAAUUCGCACAAGUUGUUUGGCCUUCUGUUUAUGUGGCGAUGGCCUAUAUCGAUCAAUUUGACAAGGAUGGGGAUGGUAUGAUUGAAAAUGAUGGAUUUCCUGAUCAGACGUAUGACACAUGGUCAGUCUCCGGUGUGAGUGCUUAUUGUGGAGGGCUGUGGGUUGCAGCACUUGAAGCAGCUUCAGCCCUAGCUCGUGAAGUUGGUGAUAAGGGUUCACAGGAUUAUUUUUGGUUUAAAUUUCAGAAAGCAAAGGCUGUUUAUCUGAAGUUAUGGAAUGGUUCAUAUUUCAAUUACGACAGCAGUGGUGGUAUGUAAUGGACCGAGUAAUUGGGCCUGUUAAGCCACCUAUUCUCAAGCAAUAUCAGAGGAGGGGUAAGGUUGUCCAACCCAGCCUUCAACCAAUCACAACAGCAGCAACAAAUGAGGAGGUGGCAAAACAAUUAAAAGGAGCAGAGAGCAGUAGCAACUUUGGUAGUGGAACCAUGGCAAAACAAUGGUAGUGAAUGAAGACAAGAAUUAAGGACAGCUAGUACUAUUUUGUAAUCCUUGUGUAUAAAUUAAGGGGGUUGGGGUGAGAAGUUUUGGCAUGUGAUUAGAUUGAUUUGAAUUGAAACUUGUAUCCUAAAGAUACUAUCUUGGAGAUUGGUAGGCUGAAGCUACCGUUUGUUUUCUCUUUCAUUAAUGAAACACAAUUGCUAGCUGCCUCGCUUGCUUCGUUUUUCUUAUUGUUCA